ACAUCCCACUUGUUCACACUCUCUCCAUUACUGCACUUUCAAAGCUCCCCAACGGCCAUAGCUUCGUUUUCAUCGACAGAGCACUAUAUGUAAAUCAAUUUAUUUUCUCGCUCAAGCAUUAUUAGUUCCUUCUUCGUGUUGUCUGAAUCUGAGAUUCCUCUUUUUUUAUUCUGGUCCACUGACUUGCUGGAAAUGGCUGCAAACACAACUCCUGGCUUGCAAAUCCGAGCAACCGAACAAUGCAUUUCCACAUCUCGCAAUAUUUCAAAUUUGAGCAGUAUAAGUUUCAGUUUUGAAAGUAAACGAAAAUCUUUUACAGAUUUUAGAGGUUCAUCUUACAUCUCGCUCAGCAAGCCAAUCGAUAGCUCCAAACUGGCUCCUAUAAAAUUUGAAAAGAUGGUUACAAAAGCAAUGUCUGGAGCAAGUGAACAAGUGCCAGUUUCAGGAUUACCUAUCGAUUUGAGAGGUAAGAGGGCAUUUAUUGCUGGCAUAGCAGAUGAUAAUGGGUAUGGAUGGGCAAUAGCAAAGUCUCUUGCAGCUGCAGGGGCUGAAAUUCUCGUUGGUACAUGGGUCCCUGCACUGAACAUUUUCGAAACCAGUCUGCGGCGGGGGAAGUUUGAUGAUUCACGAGUGUUGCCAGAUGGAUCAUUGAUGGAAAUUACAAAGGUUUACCCUCUGGAUGCAGUUUUUGACAGUCCAGAAGAUGUUCCUGAGGAUGUCAAAACAAACAAACGUUAUGCUGGAUCCUCAAAAUGGACUGUCAAGGAAGUUGCUGAAUGUGUUAAACAAGAUUUUGGCACUAUUGACAUCCUUGUACAUUCGCUUGCAAAUGGUCCAGAGGUUAGCAAACCUCUGUCAGAGACAUCAAGAAAAGGAUACCUUGCAGCUGUAUCUGCCUCCAGUUAUUCCUUUAUAUCUCUACUGAGGCAUUUUCUUCCCAUAAUAAAUCCAGGCGGUGCCACAAUCUCUCUAACGUACAUUGCUUCUGAAAGGAUUAUCCCUGGAUAUGGAGGCGGUAUGAGUUCGGCAAAAGCUGCUUUGGAGAGUGACACAAGAGUCCUGGCGUUUGAAGCUGGAAGAAAGCACAAAGUCAGAGUGAACACGAUAUCUGCAGGUCCACUGGGAAGUCGUGCAGCAAAAGCUAUUGGAUUUAUUGACAUGAUGAUAAAUUACUCAUUGGAGAAUGCUCCUUUGCAAAAGGAGUUAUAUGCCGAGGAGGUCGGUAACACUGCUGCUUUUCUGGCAUCUCCUUUGGCUUCAGCAAUUACUGGUGCCACCGUGUAUGUUGACAAUGGUCUGAACGCAAUGGGAGUUGGAGUUGACAGCCCAGCUUUUUCGGGUCUCGAUAUCCCAAAGAGUUAGAGCUGGAGGCAAUGCUAGUAUGGCUUUCGUUAUUUCAGAGAAAUAAGUUAUUCUUUCGAUAAUCGGAAACAAAAGUCAGCCUCUUGCCUCUUGGUUUUGUUAUCUGUUAUAGAUUCCGCAGAUAGGUCAUUUCAUUUCGAUGAGUGGAUAGCAAUUGAUGUGACAUUGCAUUUGUAGGAGGCAAUCUCAGCAUUGGAUAUGCAUCUAAAUUUAACUGCUCGCUAGCGGAAAGACUUGCAAUUGGAGUUGACAGUUUUUUCGCUUAUUAACUUAUGCAUUCGAUGAGUAAAACUUUCUUUCUGGUU